AUGUUGCAACAUCUGCUUUGCGUUUACAACCUCGUGGGCCUACUGGUGUCUAUAUUUCUGGCCUCAAAGACCACUCCUACUCAUAUGUUUUACGAGUAUUCAAAAAUCAUAGUUUCCAUUAGGGUCUACAGACACAUCCCGUUCUUUUGGGACUUAGUCUUUUAUUCCUGCUUCGUCCUAUCGUUUUACGGGCUGUUUAGCAUUUCGGGAGAGCUGGUAAAUUUCCUCUACGUACCCCAGGUCACCACUCUAUAUGUGCCUCAUCUCGCCUCACAGCUGAGGUUGCUUUUCAGAUUACUCUUUGACCUGAAACUGCACAAAUCGCAUAAAAUAUCUAAUCUCAUGUUGAAGCUUUUGAACUGCCUAUUGGCUAUCGUAGUCUGGUCCUACAUUAAGUUUUACAGGUCACAGCGAGAUUUUUACCACAACUUGAUCUUAGCUCAUCAGGAAAGGACCGAAAUGGAGUUUCUGAAGAAAAAUUAUAAUAGUCGAUUAAUGAAAGUUACCAUUACUUCAAAUUAUUUAGACCUUUCUAGUGUUACAAAGGCCUGCUAUUAUGGUAAUCAUUCCAUAUUGUUACAUGUUUGUGACUAA